CCUCCCGGAGAUCCUCCCCAGCAGGUGGUCCGGGAGGCUUCCAAGCCCACCUCGCUCUCGGCUCUGCCCUCCUCCCUCCCCUCCCCCGCGGGCCCUGGAGCCAGCUGACCGACAGACAGACGCAGGUGCUCCGGAGGUGGGGCAGCGCCAGCAGCCAAGGAGUUAACGGACGGUGCUAGCGGGGGCUUGGCGGGGACGCAGGGGUCAGAUGACCCUCUGGGAUGGGGACGGGCGCGCCCGGGCUGCUAUUCCGGGGCUCAAAUCGUGACCACCUAUUUAUAGUGCUGGGGGGGGGGGGGCGGGGGAGCCUUGGCCCGCCCCACAAAGGCAGCAGCGAGGCUGUCCUGCGGCAAUGUCAAGGCGGCCGCGGCGGCGGCGGCGGCGGCGGCGUCACGGCUGCUGCAGGCUGCCGGCACCUGUCACGGCUGCCGGAGGAGACAGAGGGGCCGCAGGCCCGCGGGGACCCCAGCGCCAGCGGGCACUGUGCGAGGCGAGGACGACGUGGCCGGCCAGAUGGGCAGCACCAUGGAGCCCCCCGGGGGCGGGUACCUGCACCUCGGCGCUGUGACGUCCCCCGUGGGCACGGCCCGCGUACUGCAGCUGGCCUUUGGCUGCACCACCUUCAGCUUGGUGGCCCACCGGGGCGGCUUCGCGGGCGUCCAGGGCACCUUCUGCGUGGCCGCUUGGGGUUUCUGCUUUGCCCUCUCGGGCCUCGUGGUGGCCUGUGAGUUCACCCGGCUCCACAGCUGCCUGCACCUCUCCUGGGGCAACUUCACGGCGGCCUUCGCCAUGCUGGCCACGCUGCUGUCGGCCACGGCCGCCGUCAUCUACCCGCUGUACUUCACCCGGCUGGAGUGCCCGCCCGAGCCCGCAGGCUGCGCCGCCCGGGACUUCCGCCUGGCAGCCAGCGUCUUCGCCGGGCUCCUCUUCCUGGCCUACGCCGCGGAGGUCGCCCUGACCCGGGCCCGGCCGGGCCAGGUGGCCAGCUACAUGGCCACGGUGUCGGGGCUCCUCAAGAUCGUCCAGGCCUUCGUGGCCUGCAUCAUCUUUGGGGCCCUGGUCUACGACAGCCGCUACGGGCGCUACGUGGCCACCCAGUGGUGCGUGGCCGUCUACAGCCUGUGCUUCCUGGCCACGGUGGCCGUGGUGGUCCUGAGCGUGACGGGCCACACGGGGGGCCUGGGCUGCCCCUUCGACCGUCUGGUGGUGGUCUAUACCUUCCUGGCCGUGCUCCUCUACCUCAGUGCCGCGGUCAUCUGGCCCGUCUUCUGUUUCGACCCCAAGUACGGUGAGCCCGGACGGCCCCCUGACUGCCCCAGAGGCGGCUGCUUCUGGGACAGCCAGCUGGUGGUGGCCACCUUCACCUACGUCAACCUGCUCCUCUACGUCGCCGACCUCGCCUACUCCCAGAGGAUCCGCUUCGUGCCCCCCCUGUAGCCCUGUGGGCAGCAGUCCACCCACCUGU